UGGGAGAAUAGAUUGUUGUAAACAUGGCGGCCGCAGUGGGGAGACUUCUGUCCUUCAGUAAAUCUGCUAAGGUGUUUGUUUCACCUUUGAGGUUCACUGCUAUACCCGCGCACCGAUACAGCGUAGACGUGUCCAACACUGGCGAGGCGAUUACUCACACCGGACAUGUGUUUGAUGAACAUGAUCCCAGAAGAGCUAGAUUUGUUGGCAGACAGAAAGAGGUGAAUAAGAACUUUGCCAUCAAAUUGGUCGCAGAGGAGCCAGUGACUGACAUUGAGGCGAGAGUGGUGUCAUGUGACGGUGGUGGAGGGGCCCUGGGCCAUCCAAAAGUCUACAUCAACCUGGAUAAAGAUACAAAAGUGGGCACAUGUGGCUACUGUGGAUUACAAUUCAAGCAGAAGCAUCAUCACUGAAGAAAUGCAUCCUUCUUUGCUUCUCUGUAUAAAUUGCCAUAUUGGUUAAUAAAUUAUAUGUUGUCUGUC